GCGAGAGCCUCUCUCUAUCUACGUGCAAACCAGUAUCUCGCCGGUGGCCGCCUAUGCCGCAUGUAUACUGACCCGUUUACUCUGUUUUAUCUGUGCCCAGUGACGUUUGUGGAAUUCGCGCCAUAUUUGUGAGAUGAUACGUCUACACCAAAUAUUAAAUUAGAAGACUGACAAAGAAAACGACGAAAUAACUGGCAAACUUUCGUUUUUAUAAUAAGGCACAACAGAAAAUGGAUUUAAUAAGUGCAUGCCCAACUAGACACAGUAAUACACUGUGUUUCGAACAGUGAUUUCAAUGAGACAAAACUAUUGUUUAAGUUAUUAGUAAUGGUCCGAUGAUGGCAAGAAAACAUCGCACCAGUUGGGCCUAUGGGGCAGUUGGCAGUUUUAGAAUUCAAGAAAUUAUAGGAAACAUAUUUGUUUUAAUAUUAAUCACUAACGUAAAUGUUGUUAAAAGUAGUCAUAAUGAAACAGAUGAAGACGUUACGAGAAUAAAAAGCGAAAUACCUAAGAAACUGAAGCUAUUAGAAGUAUUCACAGGCAGAGGAUUCUUUAGUGACGUAUACCAAAAUGGAACUUUCAGGACUGGUAACAAUUUGUGGGACAAUGUAUUAAAUAAGUGUACUUUAAAACCAUCAGUGAGUUGUUUGCAAAAGAACUUCUAUUCAUAUUUAGAUGACAGUUUAGAUUUUAACGGUGAUUUAAGUGUAGCAAGUGGUGUGUGUUUUAAAAAGAACAAUGUGGAUAUGAAGAAAUAUAGCAAGGAAGCUAAUAUUAUCUACCUCACCGGCAGUAGGGAUAAAGAAGAACAAGGAAGGUCGUUUGAAGAAGAAAACGAGAUUAAUGAUGAUGAGGAACCUGAAACACCACUAGAAGAAGUAACGGAUGCUUUAUACAACAAGGGGGUAAAGUUCCUAAUGACGCACGACAUGAGGCUGACGCUACCCGAGAUGAUGUUCAAUGGUGCAACCCUGAAGGUGUCUCCGCGAGCUUUGACAAAGACUGGUGCUUUAGUGCACAUUGAUUUGGAACCAAAGGAAAAUGAAGUCGGUCAAGGGAGGAUAUUUUUUCAAAAAAUUAAGAAAUACAUAAAAAAGAAAUUGGUCAUGGCGGCUCUGGCUAUAAUAUUAGUGGUGAAGCUAAUAGCGCUGAAGCUGAUAUUCGUUCUGCCAAUAAUUCUCGGCGUGACCACAGCCAAGAAAAUGUUCCUAAAGAUUCUACUGUUCCUCUUCCCUGCAUUGAGCCAUAUAUUUAAACUGUGCUCGUGGUACCACCAGAACUAUCACACUACGAAGUAUCAUCACCAUCACCAUUUGAUCACGCAUCAUCAUAAGGUACCACAUUCCCACCACUCUCACGCAUACGGUCCACCACCUCACAGCUCGGUGGUGGUGAAACAGCAUGCCGACAGUCCGCCUGCGUCGUUUGACCACUACCCUCAAGAUUGGGAGCUGUCUGGUCCGGGUCUUGGAAGCGAGUAUCUCUCGGACAUUCACCGCAACGCUAUAGCCAACUUCAAGCCUAACGAAAACGAUGUCAAUGAUAUAAAUUCAUGGGGACUCGGCCUACCACCAGGACCAUCGUUGAACGUCGGUGAAUAUGCCAACACUGCUAGUAGCAACAAUUUAGUUCCUAACACGAUGCCGGCCGUUAACCUCCAUACUGGCCCAAAAGUCAUAGUAGUUGGUAAUCCGGGAAGGCCUGUUGGUCCGCCAAAUCCAUACUAUCGAAGUAAAAAAGCUGGAGUUCGAGAUCCAUCGCAAAUGGAAAAGGAGUCUUUGAUAAGAGCAGCCUCCUUAGCAGCCAAAGCCCCUCCGUCCCCAGUGAGAGAUGAACUGUUGCGGGUAUCAGCGGCUAAGCUCUCCGAGAGUAACCGAGUGAAGGCGGAGACCGAGCUAGUUAGACAACAACAGGAGAUUUUAGCUGCUCAAGAUCCAGAUUCAAUAGCUGCGGAGAAGUUCUACGGGUCUCUGUUGGAGCGAGUGGACAUAAUCUUGGGCUCCAUCGGUGCUAAGGACCCAGGCUGCAAGGAGAGGGCUGUGUGCUCGUUAUACAGAGAUCCCUUCAAACAUGCUCCCUACAGCAAUCUAGUGUCCAACGAGCUUAGCAAAGACUCCAACGAGCUGGUGCCUCCAGCGGACAGCGCAAACGCUCUCCGGUACUUCAGAUACGUGCAGUCAGCGAGAGACGGCCAGGAGUCCAAAGACUGUCUGCUCUUAUACCCCAAUUGUAACAUAGAUUACAAUAAAUAAAUUGAAUGGAACCAGGAGUUUGGGAUGUACUCGUGACAGUGUUAAUAAAAAAUGAGGGCAUAGUGGCAGUUUGAUACUGUUACUAUCGCGUUAGCGUAAACGCGAAUUUCUAAGGAAUUGAAACAGCGCCAUCUAGUGGCACUACUGCACAACAAUUCCAAUUCCAUAUAAAUUCGCGUUAACUUCAACGCGAUAGUAACAGUAUGAAAAUAUUGAAAACUCCCACUAGGCACACAGGUCAUGGCAAGUAAGUUAAACCAAAAUGAUAGUUGUCUACGCAGGUACAAUUUAUAAAGGAAAAUGUUAGUGUGUAUAUUCCGUGUGUUUGACGGACACAGAAAAUGAAAAAAUCUCAUCUUGAUUUUUCGGGAUGAAUUAGUCUAAAUGUUGCUCAAUAGCCUCCUCUUUUUUCCAAUGUUAGUCCUAUUCGAAUCGUUUUAGUCAUUUCAAAGAUUAGCCCGGACAACAGAUAAACAGACAGAUAGAAAUAUCUAUUAAUAUAUAACUUCAGGGUUUGGUUUGGUUCAUAAUAAGAACCUAUCUAUACAAGGUCCAUUUAUACAGGCCCAGCGAUAUAAGGUCCCUCUUGAAACUUUGUUAUUUGCCAUUGAUUGUUAUUAAAAGUUUUCGAUGUUUAGUAUAAUUUACCGUACAGUUGUAUGCGUUUAAAGUAUUUAGAAAGAAAUGCAAUUGUAAAAAACAGUAAAUUUAGCUAUACAGUUAUAGUUUUUCUCUAUAAACAUAACUACUUAACCUGACUACAAAAAAAAUGUAGAAGAGUUUUACAUAUAUUACAUUAAAGAGUAGACUUAAAUACUGCAUUUAAAUUAGUCUUAAAUAACGCCAAUUUUAACUUUAUGUUAAUACGUACUAUAUUUAUUUAAUUUAUUAAAUUAUUUUAAUUUAUUCAAUAAUUUAAGUAGAUAGACAAUUAUUAUUUUUAUAUAAUUAAUUUUAAUAAUAAUAAAUGUUACAUUUAUUAUAAUCUAUCAAUUUGGAUUUUGGAUACUUUUUUCCGAAGUAAUACAAUAUUUGUUUGAGCUCUUUAUAAGAUCCUG